AGGUCUCGGGCCCUCAGGCGGAGCGGCGGGCGCCGGACCCCCAGGCGGAGCGACAGGUCUCGGGCCCUCAGGCGGAGCGGCGGGCGCCGGACCCCCAGGCGGAGCGACAGGAGCGACAGGUCUCGGGCCCUCAAGCGGAGCGGCGGGCGCCGGACCCCCAGGUCUCAGGCCCCCAGGCGGGGAGGCGGGCAUCGAGUCACCAGGCACAACCGUGGGCUCCGAGUCAACUGGUAUGACCGCGGGCACUGGGUCAGACAUUGGAUCGUCUGGCUGGACAGCGGGCACUGGGUCACCAGGCAUCAGGUCAUUUGGCUCGACAGCGGGCACCGCGUCAUCUGGCAAGGCAAUGGGCUCCGAGUCAACAGGCACGACAGUGAGCAC